AUGGCCCUCAUUUUACCUCGUACCAUCCGAGCUUCCCUCCUCCGUCUCUCUGUCCGCCACCUCACCUCCACCACUUUCGACGACCCUCCGCCGCCGCCGACUCUAUCCGUCACCCCUCAAACCCUACCACCCAAACCCCCAAAUCCUCGCUCCCGAACCCCAAUGGAAAAUCAAUUCGAGUCGUGGCUUCACAAACUAAAGCCCGGAUUCACUCAUUCCGACGUCGACGACGCCCUCCGGGCCCAGCCCGACCCGGACAUCGCGCUCGACAUUUUCCGGUGGACGGCGCAGCAGCGCCACUACAGGCACAACCACGUCACCUACCUCUCGAUGAUGGAGAUCGCCGUCUCAGGUAAGCGGUACCGCGCCGCCGAGACUCUCAUCGAUGAAGUUCUCGCCGGCGCGUGCGCCGCCAGCCUCCCGCUUUUCAACACCAUGAUUAAAUUCUGUUGUGACCGUAAAUUCCUGUUUAAUCGCGCUUUCGAUGUGUAUAAGAAGAUGCUGAAAUCUGAGGAUGCUAGGCCUAAUUUGGAGACUUAUGCGAUGCUUUUCGGUUCACUUUUGAGGAAGUUCGAUAAACUGAAUGUGUGUUAUGUGUAUUUGCAUGCUGUGAGAUCGUUAUCUAAGCAGAUGAAGUCGUCUGGGGUGAUCCCUGACGCCUUCGUGUUGAACAUGAUCAUCAAAGCCUACUCAAAAUGCCUUCAGGUUGAUGAGGCGAUUAGGGUUUUUCGCGAAAUGGGGCUGUAUGGCUGCGAGCCUAAUUCGUAUACAUAUAGUUAUUUGGUGAAGGGAUUGUGUGAGAAGGGUAGAGUGAGUCAGGGGUGGGGUUUUUAUCAGGAGAUGAGAUCAAAAGGGCUGGUGCCAAAAUUUACUACCUAUUUGGUUUUAAUUUGUAGUCUGGCAAUGGAGAGGAAGUUUCAGGAGGCGAUCGAGGCUGCAUUUAACAUGAUAGGGAAUUCGUUGUCGCCUGAUUUGUUGACGUACAAGACACUGCUCGAAGAAAUGUGUAGGGAUGGGAAGGGCAAUGUGGCCUUCAAGCUUCUUGAAAGCUUCCGAAAGAGGGACACUAACAUGAAUGAGAAGACAUACAAGACUUUGCUGGACGGGCUGCACUUUACAAGUCGGGAUCUCUAGUUGCUUUGAUUUCUCGUAUGGUCUUUCAAGCAUCGGUACACUUUGUUGAUUAUAAAAGCUCGAGUAAAAUAUUUGAGAAUCUAGUUUGAGCAUUUUGCAUUUAGGGAGAGAUUCCCUUCUUUAUGUUCAGAUGGCUUAGCUUCCUAGUUUUAUAUGAAGAUAUUUUGGCCAAGCAGAGUUGGAAUUUGAUCGAGCUGGCAAUUACACUGCACUCAUUACUUGUGAGAGGCUCAUGCCGAAGUCUACCCUGAAGCUAUCUUCAUCUGCAGCUGGCUUCCACUGCUCCACCAGAGACGAGAGCACCGUGACGACAUGGCUCAUGUCAGGCCGUUGGUUUGCUUCUCUUGUGCAGUGCCCGGCUAGCUGGGCCGCCUUCCACAUACUUUCGAAAGUUUCCUCGUUUAAGUCUGAACGGAGGACAGGAUCCACAGCCUCUUUGAUCUGAUCUUUAUCUUGGAGGAAUGGCCGGAACCACGUCACCAGGUGGCUACUAUCGUCAGGCAGGGAACUGUCCAAGGACUUUCUCCCAGUGAUGAUUUCCAUCAACACCACACCGAAGGCAUAUACAUCGACUUUUACAGUAACCUUUCCUGUCGCUGUUCAUUCAAUUGAGUCAUUACAUAUUAGAUAUUUAACUCUGUCUUUAUCAUAGUCAUGUAACUGCAUGCAUGAAUAUAUCUUGAAAUAUCUUAUGUGGGAUAUCAAUUUUGCAGAAGUAUUUUAGGUGAAUCAAUUCAUCAUGUCAACAUAAAAGUGAACAAGAUGAUGCAGGUAACAAUGCAUACCGGCAUAUUCUGGAGCAAGAUAGCCAAAGGUUCCUGCUAACCGUGUUUCGAACGAUUGAUUGGCAUCGGGGGCUUGUCUCACCAAGCCAAAAUCACAAACCUUUGCCCUCAUGUCAUCUCCGAUAAGAAUGUUGGAUGGUUUCAGAUCUCUGUGAAUGAAGCUCUGGUUCGCCAUGCUAUGCAAGUACUCAACCCCUCUGGCAACAUCGAGAGCUAUAUUCACUCUCUGGUUCCAAGUUAGGGGAGGAGUUCCCAUUUCCUUCCAUUCGAACAGAUGCUGGCACAAAGAUCCUUUUGGCAUGUACUCGUAAACUAAUAGCUUCUCACUACCAUUGUUGCAAAAUCCGUGAAGGGAGACCAAAUUCCGGUGUCUGACCGACGUGAGGACCUCUAUUUCAGCCUUGAAUUCGUUUAGUCCCUUGUCGCUGAGCAUUGAGGAUUCCAUUCUCUUUACUGCUAUUUUAGUGCCAUCGUGGAGUACUCCUUUAUAAACAAUGCCAAAUCCUCCCCUCCCCAGUAUGCUGUCUUUGCUGAAGUUGUCAGUAGCUUUUCGGAGGGCUUCAAUUGGUAUGGUAACAUUCCCCCCAUCAUAUAUAUUAUAAUCACUGAUUUCACCACUUUUGAUGGGAGUUUGGUUGAAACUACUGACAUUGGUGCUUUUGCCAUAAUCUGUUGUCUGAUCGAUGCUGAUGCUGUGUUGCUCUCCACUCAUUUUCUUAAACCAUUGGUAUUUGUGUCUUGGCUUUCUAAUGCAGCAUCUGUAGGUCACAUAUCCCAAGACAGCAACGACAACGAGACAGAUGAGAACAAUGAUAACUUUCAACCAUGUCGCUGGAGAAGAAUCUGUCUCUUCUAGUUCUACACCGGGUGGCGGACGUCCUCCUGGAUAGGUGAUUGGCACGACUCUCCCAAUGAAUGGAUUACCAUUCACUUUCAAUAUAACUGAAGAUUGGAAUGAUGGCACUUUUCCAGAAAUAUUGUUGUUGGAGAUAUCGAGAAUCUGCAGCUGCUUCAAACUUGUCAACCUCUUUGGUAUGACUCCCACCAGAUGAUUGUCAUUUAAAUACAAUGAUCUUAAACUAGGUAAAUUGGCGUAUGAACGUGAUAUAAUUCCGUUGAAAUUCUGCUUGGAGAAAUUUAUCACGACCACGCUCCCCUUCUCACACGUAACAAACUGCCAUUGCUGACAUGCAUCAUUCCCUUCCCAGGCUUCUGCUAAGGUCAUUGGAUAGUACAUUGCAGCUGCAAUCUCGAGCAACACAGUGACCUGGGGAUUACACGGACCGGGGCUAGUGUUGCAGAAAUGGUUCUCUUUUCCAAGAUUCACUUGAAUGCCUGGUGGGAAGCUUGGUACUGGACCCUGGAACACGUUGCUCUGCAAGGCGACAUUCUUCAGCUUUGGAAGCUUCGUAAGUGAAUCGGGGAUGACCCCCGUGAGCCGAUUGUCGCGUAGCUGGAGAUCUGACAGUUCUGUGCAGGCAGAGAGGUCAGGUAUACUCCCUGUAAACUGAUUGCUGUGAAGCCAAACCUCUCUCAAACUAUGCAUUUCGCCAAUAACGUCAAUGGGCCCUGAGAGCCCCACCAUCUGAUUAUUGAGCAACAAUGUUUGAAUCCCGGAUUUGGAGAACGACCACGGCAGCCACCCUGUCAGGUUAUUGUAGGAGAUUUUGAGGUUCGCAAAAUUUGGCAGAGAUCCGAAAAUGUCUGGAAUCUCGCCCACCAUGUUGGCCUUGCUCGCGUAGAAAGUAGUGAGAGACGGCGAAUCUUUGAUGGUGGUGGGCAUUGUCCAUGGUGGGAGAUUGCUGUUGUUGUUGAUGCUGAAGAAUUGCAAACUUGUUAGGCCUGAGAGGAAGCCUGUUGGGAUGGAAGUGAAACCAUUUUCUUCAAGAUUGACUUCUUGAAGAGAAGCCAUGUUGGAUAAAGCCGGCAACGGCCCCGAAAACUUGUUCCGUUGGAGGCUGAGGGUUUUCAGGCCGGAGAGCUGGUUGAUCUCAGGUGGCAAUGUUCCAGAGAGGGAUUUCGAUGCAAGGUUGAUGGAGCUGACUCUGCCGGGCGAAUCGCAGGCGACGCCGUCCCAUUUGCAGAAAUCGGUGCCAGUCCAGCCGGGUGGGUUGGUGGCUUUGGCCAGCUUGGCCAUGACAGCUCCGUCGUCGCAGGAAGCAUGGCGGAUGAUGGCCGCGAGCAGCGUCGUUAAGAGAACGACGUCGGAGGGGAGGAAUUUGUGUCUCCCUCUAGGCAUUUUGGUGGUGGUUUGCCUUUUUCCGGUGGUGGAGGUGGCCGGGAGCUCUCUGCCUUACCACCUGGUUGGCGUAUGGAGGAAAGAGAGAGGGAGUAUGAGAGAGAGUGGGGGGUAAGAACAUGAGAAGCGGGAGGAGAGACCGUUAUUGCUGUUAUUAUCUCUAUAAGCCAAUAAUUUAAAUACUAUGUAAGUGUUCAUAAAAAUUAUACAAUUCAGAUUCGAUUAACACAUUGUUUAUCCAAGUAAGUUUAAAAGAUUUGAUGACACUUCAUAUCAUGUAAAAUACUUCGAAAUUUGUAUGAAAGUCAUUGAAAUGUUUUGACAGA